AUGGACAAAGUCAUCUUCUCCAUUCCGUUCAUCUUUGCCCUUUUUACAUGGCUUCUUCUUACUAUCAAUGCUGUUGAAUCUAAAGCUGAAGAAGAAUCUCAGUUCAACUAUGAGGAGACCACGGCUAAAGGACCAGAGAAUUGGGGCCAUCUGAAUCCAAAAUGGCAAGUCUGUUCAAAUGGAAAAUUGCAGUCUCCGAUAGAUCUCCUUCAUGAAAGAGUGACGGUGGUGCAGAAUUUGGGGAAUUUGAAAAGAAAUUAUAAGCCAGCUCCUGCAGCACUCAUUAACAGGGGACAUGACAUUAUGAUGGAAUGGAAGGAAGAUGCAGGAGGCAUCAAUAUAAAUGGUACAGACUACAAACUAAAGCAAUGCCACUGGCACGCUCCCUCUGAACACACAGUGAAUGGAACAAGCUAUGAUAUGGAGCUACACAUGGUUCAUAAAAGCUCAUCUGGAGAGAUUGCAGUGGUUGCAAUCCUGUACAAAUUUGGACACCCUGAUCCUUUCAUUUCAAAGUUUUUACACCAGGUCAAAACAGUGGAUCACAAAGGAAUUGAUUUGGGGGUUGUUAACCCAUGGAAAAUCAAGUUUGGAAGCAGAAAAUAUUACAGAUAUUUGGGUUCCCUAACAGUUCCCCCUUGCACAGAGGGUGUUCUUUGGACAGUACUCAAGAAGGUGAGAACGGUCUCAAGGGAGCAAGCAAGAGAACUUAGGAAUGCUGUUCAUGAUGGAUUUGAGGAAAAUGCAAGGCCAGUUCAGGAAUGGAACGGAAGAACCGUUUACAUGUAUAAUCCCAGGAGUCUCUGA